AUAAAUACACUCCAUUUUCAUCUCUUUUCGCCAUUGCUGAUAUUCUCAGAAACGGGACACGGAAAAUCACUGAAGCCUCCGCGUAAAAUCAUCGGAAAUGGAAGCCCUAACCACCACCACCGGAGCUGUUUCUCUGCCGAUUUUCUCCCCUAUGAAAUCCAAAGACGCUUCUUCUUCCCGGCGGAUCCUCCGGUUCUCCACUUCCCCAAGAAAUGAUCAUAAUAGUAACAAUGACAGCGGGAAUGAUCUCAAGUCUGAUUCCAGUGACUCUGCCCUCGUCCCCGUGCUCAGACAUCAAACUCUCUCCAAGGAUGCUGCGAUGGGGCUGGUACUGAGUGCGGCUAACGUGAGAGGAUGGACAACCGGAUCGGGUAUGGAAGGCCCAUCCGUGCCCGCUGGUUCGGACUCUGAUUCUGGUAUGGAGCAGGUGUCCACUUUCCCCUGGUCGCUCUUCACCAAAUCACCUCGGCGUCGGAUGCGCGUUGCGUUCACAUGCAACGUUUGCGGGCAGCGCACGACCCGCGCCAUCAAUCCACAUGCCUAUACCGAUGGCACUGUAUUUGUUCAGUGUUGCGGGUGCAAUGUUUUCCAUAAGCUGGUGGACAAUUUGAAUCUGUUCCAUGAGAUGAAGUGCUAUGUGAAUCCGAGUUUCAACCCAAACCCAAAUAAUGAUGUGAACUUCAAGUAUUUUGACUUGGACGAGGACAAGAAUGAUGACAUUUUUCCACUGUUAUGAAUGGUGAUAGAUGCUGUGAAUGGUAUUUUGUGGUAGUGAUUUUCAUAUUUAUGUACAUUCUAUUGGUCUUAUAGGCGGACUGUAUGUUAUUGUGCUUGUAAAUAGGGAUACACCGUUCUUAUGGUUGAAUAAGUAGUAUCAGUGCAAGAUGGUAUAGAGCUCUGUUCUAAAUAAAUUUGUACAUUUAUUGAUAUGAUGGCAUGUUUGUGAUCAAGGACUCAUUGUGAGUCACUAUUGCCCUGUA